GGGCGGUAUCAUCAUUUGAAACUAUGCCAGCUCACAUGGCCAAUGGGAGCUGCUUCCUGGUUUUCCUCUGUCUUGUCUGCAGUUGUGAUGGGACCUGCCCCAAUAUGUGCCUCUGUCUAUCCGAUACUGUUAGCUGUAGCUCUGCUGGCUUCACCAAAUUCCCCACAGUCUUACCCACCUUCUCCAUCACCGUGGACCUCAGCCACAACUACCUAUCCUAUCUGGGCGCUGGCAGCUUUGAGAAGAUGCCCAGGCUAGAAAACCUUUGCCUUGCCCACAAUCAGCUCACGAGUCUGGGGGAAGGUGUGUUCCAAAACGCCUCUGGUCUCCGGUUUCUGGAUCUGUCAUCGAAUAAACUCCAUCUGGUAGAACAGCACUACUUCCAUGGGCUUUGGCGAUUGGAGGAACUUCUUCUUUUCAACAACAAAAUAACACAAGUUGAAUCUGGCAUGUUGAAUGGCCUGAGUAGCUUAAAGAAACUAUACCUUAGCCUUAACCAGCUUACAAACUUCCCAUUUUUCACCAUACAAGAUCAUACCCAUCCCUUUUUAACCAUGCUGGACCUCUCGUCAAAUCGUCUGAACAACUUACCAUGGGAAGAUAUUAAAGCUUUACCCAGUUUGGUCCAAAGGGGCUUGUAUUUGCAUAAUAAUUCUUUAACCUGUAAUUGUGCUAUGUACAGUAUGUUUUGGCACUGGCAGCUACGAAACUACGAAACUCUCAAAGACUUCACAGAUGACCACAGAUGUUUAAUCUAUGGUGAAAUGCGAGCGACUAUAAAGUUCUUGCAUCAUACCCGUUUUUUCCACAACUGCACCCUAGAAAAGGCCGUAUCCCUUCCAGUCACUGUCUACCUAUCCACUGUUUUGGUCACAGAGGAAGAUACUAUUAGCCUAGAUUGCCAAACAUCCAUAAAAAGCACAGAGCUAUCAUAUACAUGGCUAACACCAAGCAAGGGCUACCUGACUCCAGCUACCAAGAACAGUUCGCUAAUUACCAUCUUCCCCAAUGGGACUUUGGAGAUGCAAUCCGUCAAGGUCAACGAUUCAGGGCUCUACGUAUGCACAGCUGUCAGUGUUAAACUUGGGGUGAAUGCUACGCGGGAGGUGAAUGUAACUGUAUCGUUGCCUCCACCUGAGUCAUUCAACACAGGAUAUACAACACUGCUAGGCUGCGCAAUCACAAUGAUCCUAAUUCUUAUGUACCUCUACCUGACCCCCUGUCGCUGUAGCUGCUGUAAACAACCCAAGCCCCCUUCAGUUACGACCUAUGACCCCAGCAGUUUGUCCUCAGUGUUCUCCUCAUCCAUCAGGGAGAACAAACCCUACAACGACAAGCAUGUAGCGUUUCUGGAGCCAAUGAUGAGUCCAGAGGUGUCAGAGGAGUGGACUCAAGAGAGUUGA